GUAUUAACGAAAUCAGCGGCGCCAAGAUGUGGAAGCUGUCGUUCGUGAUGUUGCUGCUGGCGGUUGCGGCCGCCCAGGCCGGCCACAUAGACGAAGACAGGCUGAGCAAAGUGAAGGCCGCUGUCAGCAAGCUGCGUGCCACGAGGAGCAACGGCCAUCACACAGGUAUUGUGCGCCGCGACGCGGAACUGACCCCCAUGGCCUACGAAGAGCAGAUCGAGGCAUUCCUGGAGCAGCUGAAGCAGAUGAUGCGGGAACCCAUGGCACUCCUUGGUAACAGAACACUGGACCCGCUGGAGGUUGCUGGGCCCAUCAACAUCAACAUCGAUAACGACAUGAUCGCGCUGGCUGGUAACGUCUCCAACAUCAGAGUGGACAAACUGUCCACCUUCGAAACUAUCAGCGGCUCGUUCAGCAUCGUCGGCUUCAAGCUGUCCGUCGUAGUCCACUUCGAGGAGAUCUUCGCGUCCGGCGAGUACAACCUGGACGGUGCCUUACUGUCCGGUCUGCUGCUCGUCUACGGACAGGGACCCUUCACCAUAUCUGUGCAGAAUUCUACGUUCAGCAUCGACAUUGCUCUGAAGUCGACUUCAGAGAACGUUCCAUACAUCGACCAGCUCAUCAUCGACUAUGACAUUCCCAUUGUUCAGACGAACUUCACGGGUCUGCUAGGUGGAGGAGACCUGAGCGACGUGACGAAUGAGAUCAUCAGCGACCUGGUGCCGCAAAUCCUCGACAACCAGAAGGACAAUAUCCUGGGAGCCAUCGUGCCCGUCAUUGUUGACGCAGUUAAUGAGGCAAUUUCCGUCUAUACCUUGAACGACAUCAUCUGCAAAGUAGUGGGAGUCUUCUGCUAA